AGUAGUUAAAUAACCAACAAUUUUUGACAGAUGUCAUGCAAAACAGGUGAAAUAUGUUACACAUAAGUCAUAUAUAAUAUUACAAAAUAAAGUGGAAAUACUAAUAACACGUGGAGUUUUGCUAUUAUUUGAUAAUUUCAAUAAAGAGGAAUGAAUUUAUUGUAAUAUUUAAGAUGUCACUAUUAAUAGAUAAUGACACUUGUUUAAUAAAUAGAAAAAGUAAUAAAACAAUAAUAAGUAAUGUGUACGAAGGUAUACCAGAAACGUUAUUACUUAAUGUUAUUUCUUGGAUCCUACUAAUUCUUUUAUUCGCUCUAUUGAGAAAUAGAGCUUGGGAUUAUGGCAGACUUGCAUUAGUUCAUACUGAAAAAUGGACACAAUUGUUUUAUAAAAAUACUGAUGAUGCUGUUGCUGUGGAGGAAACAAAUCAUGAAGUAUCUUUGAUUCCUGAUACUGGUUGCUUAUGGCUUCCAUCAGUUUUCAAAAUAACAAAAGAACAAAUAUAUUCUCGCUGUGGGCCUGAUGCUUCACAUUAUUUAUCAUUUCAAGUUCAGUUAUUUUUUUUAAUGUUAGUUAUAACUAUAUUUUCUAUUUGUGUUGUAUUGCCUAUAAAUUUCCAAGGAACUUUAUUGGGGGAUAAAACAACUUUUGGGCAUACCACUAUAGGUAAUUUACCUUCAGAUUCAAAGAUGCUAUGGGUCCAUAUUGCAGGAUCAAUAGGUGUGGUUCCUGUUAUGAUUUUCAUCAUGAGAAAAUGUUCAGGUAGGCUACCAAUUUCAUCAAACCUCUCAUCAAGAACUCUUUUAGUUACAAAUAUAUCAAAGCAUCAUAGAAAUUGUGAAGAUAUAAAAAAUUAUUUCACAGUCAGAUAUCCUGGAAUAGAAGUUAAAGAUGUAAAAAUACCCUACAAAAUCAGAAAUCUAGCAUUAUUAGAAAGACAGAGAGAAAAAAUACAUGAGUCAAGAAUGUAUUGUGAAAGUCAUAUCCAAAAAAGUGAUAUUAAAUUUCAGCCUAGAGGAUGUAUAGUUUGCUGCCCUUGUAGAACAGAAAAUGCACUUAUAUAUUAUACAAAACGAGAAGAGGAAUUAAACCAUCUGGUUGCAUUAGAAAGAAGGAAAGCUCUUCAGAAUCCUUUAGGUAUAGCUUUUGUGACACUCAAUUCAGAUGAAAUGGCUCAAUAUGUUUUAAAAUCGUUUGAAGCAGGAUCUCACAGAAACUGGGUAAUAUUCAAAGCCCCUUCACCUUCUGAUAUAAACUGGGAAAAUUUAGAAAUUUCCUAUAGAAACUGGUAUUCCAAAGCUAUUAUUAUAAAUGCUUUAUUAUUUAUAAUACUUUUCUUUUUAACAACACCUGUAAUUGUGGUAAAUAUUUUUAAUAACCUUACAAAUUCUCAAGAAAAUUGGAUUGAAAAAAUCAGUCCUAUUUUGUCAGAGUUUUUACCUACAUUGUUGCUUUUGUCUAUGUCUGCAGUGAUGCCAGUUAUGGUAGCGUAUUCUGAUGAAUGGAUGUCACAUUGGACAAAAUCCAAACAAAAUCAUGCUACUAUGUAUAAAGCAUUCUUCUUCUUACUUUUCAUGGUUUUAAUAUUGCCAUCUCUAGGAUUAACUAGUGCCCAAGCAUUUUUAGAAUGGUCUGUCCAAACACAAAAUAUUACUCUAAGAUGGGAAUGUAUAUUUUUAGCUGAUAAAGGUGCAUUUUUUGUUAAUUAUGUGAUUACUUCUGCACUCAUUGGUACAGCUCUUGAAUUAUUAAGAUUUCCUGAAUUAGCUAUGUAUGCUUGGAGGUUACUGCUUAUAAAGUCGGAAGCUGAGAAGACUAGCAUUAGAAAAGAAAUUUUAUCAGUAUUUCCUUUUGGAAUUCAUUAUGCAUGGACUCUUCUAAUAUUUACUAUUUGCACAGUUUACAGUUUAACAUGUCCUUUAAUUACUCCUUUUGGCCUUCUAUAUCUCUGUUUAAAACAUUAUGUAGACAAAUACAAUAUUUAUUAUGUUUAUCGACCAAUAACUAUGUCAGGGGAAGGACAAAGAAUUCAUGCUGGUGCUAUCAAAAUGGUACGUAUAGCAAUAUUGCUACUCCAACUUAUAACAGCCUUAUUCUUAUCUUUGCGUGCACAACUCAGUCCAACAGCAUGUAUUGCAUUUUUGGGUUUUGCUCUUACAGGCAUUGUAUUUUCCUUCAUUGGACCUUUCCCUUCUUGCAAACAACCUCUUAACACAUUUAACACACCUGCUGUAAACGAAGAAUAUAUAGCCCCAGUUUUAAUAAGUUCUAGUGCUAUAGAAACUGUUGAUGUUGUUAGAACAUCUUCUAUUUUCUGUGAUGUAUCAAAUCAAAAUUAUAAUAUUAAAUUGGAUGUGACUGGAAUCAGUGAAGCUUAGAUUUUUUUAUUUAAUUUCAGCUAAUGAGGCUGUGAGUAUUCUUAACAAAGGUUGCAUUUUUCAUGGAAAAUAUGAAAAAAAAGCGAAUGUUUAUUAUUUAGCAUAACUACUUAAUUAAAAUAUAUUGAAUUUAACUAUUGUACUAAGGUUAAACAAUUAACAAUAAUUAUAAUAAAAGAAUUUCAAACUUGUUCACUAAAACUGGUAAUAGGGUACUGCAUUUUUUUAAAAUUAUUUAUUUUCUUGUUUAUUUUAUAAGUUCUUGAUAUGAAAUAAUGUCAGAAAGUAAAGUAUUUAAUUAAAAGUGGAAAAAUAACAUCUAAAUAUUUAAUUGAAAAUCGCAUAAAUUUCAUACAUAAUUUAAGAAAACGAUUCACAUUGGUUUUCAGUUGUGACGCCAUAGGUUUAAUAAAAAUAUUGAGCAGUUAUCUGCUUGAUGAUCAAAAGGUUACGGCAACGUAGCAUGUGCUGUUAUAAUACAGUUUUUAUUUAUUAUUUACGUAUAAAUAAAAUAUUUUUCUAUAUAUAAAAAUAAAGAGAAUAAACCUUUUAUAAGUUAAGUUCUUACAUUAUUACAUAAUCACGUUAAAAAUUAAAAGCAUAAUAAACUUAAUUACUAUGACGUUAAAUUUGAAUCUUACAUUAAAGUGAAAAUAAUUACAUCUUUCUGGAUCGUCAAAACGAUCAACAAUUUCAAACCAUUUUUGUUGUAUAUUCGAAUUUCUUGGCAUCAUAAAAAAACUUUUAUCAGGUGUUUUAGUCGUCGUAUUUUCACAUCUAGGCACAUAACAUUUAUAUACCAUUUUUCAGAUUAAACAAAGUUUAAUAAUAAUACUUAUUUUACCUAUGACGUUACGCAAUAUGGCAGCGUUACUAAAAUGUUUGAACUAACUACAAAAUUUUUAAUUUUCAAUAAUUUUUUAUUUAUAACUAUUGAUCAAAGAAUAUAAAAAAAUAUAAUAAAAGUUUUAUAUAAACUAUCCAAAACUAUUUUUUUCUCAAAACAUGCAAGUACCCUAUUGGUAACAAUAAUACUAUUAUCAUUUGUUAAAAUAAACGAUUGGAUGAAAUCAUUAAAUUUGUAAAAUGGUUACUUCAAGUUAUUCCCAAAAAUAUUUUUGUAACUUAUAUAUCUAUUCGUUUUCCAUAUUUUAGUAAAAUAAUAACAUAUAUAGUUGUACGUGUAUAAUAGUAGCAUUAAGAUUAAGAGUUACAACUUUUUCUUCCUUGAUCUACUCAUAAUAAUUAAUAAAUAUUUGUGAUUCAACUAUUAAACUAAAAAAUCAUCAAUUGUGCAUAAACAAAUAUAAUACAACACAUUCAAAUUGUAGCUUUUGUUCUUUUUCUUAAAUUCAAUGUAUAAUUGGUAAUUGUAGGUAAUUACCUACUAUUUAUAUGUCAUAAAAUCGUUAUAAAUUUUUGAUGUAAUUUGGAAAACUUAUUUAAGUUGAAAUUAAUAUUGUUAUUCGACAUAGUAUACAUAUUGCUUAUCAAGUAUUGUAAUGUAUAUAUGUAAAUAUUUUAUGUUACAUAUUAUACUUGAUCUCUACUCCUUAACAAAAAUUGCUAUUUUUUUAAAAAUAAAUUUUAAACAAUGACGUUCAUAAUUUAAAGUUAUUUGGCAACCUUUGAUUUUAUUUCAGCGGCAAGAAGUUAUUUGUAAAUUAUUCCUGCUAAAUUUGGGCAGAGUGCACAUCUUCAUCACUGACAACAUAUUUAUAUAGUUCAUAAAAUAAAGUACAUUAUAGAUUUUAAUGUAAAAUUUCCACAACUUUCUCAGCAGAUUCAAAUUAUAUAUAAUGGCUAUUUGUAAACUAUAAUCUUUGUCAGAUAGAUCAGCUGAUUGUAGAUCCGAAUCCACUACUAGAUUUUUUCCGAACGUCGCGUUCAAUUUUUGGUGAAAAUUUCCAAUUUAAGAAAUGAUCUAGAAAAACCACCCUCACUUUUUUGUGCAUUAAUUUUUCGAUUAUAUUUAUUUAGUUAUACCUAUAAUAGAUUCUAGAUGUUUAAUAAUUGUUAUCAACGUCUCUCAUAUGGAUUUUCCUCAAAAGUUCAAUACUAAUAAGCUAUUUGUUGAAAUGUCAAAAA